AUGUCCUUUUACGUACGAGAGGAGAAGCUGUCUUCAGGCAGCAGCUCGAACGAAAAGUUCGACGUUGAGAGGCAGAUCGUUACGGUACCAGUAGCUGAGUUCGAUGAUCCAAACAUCGACAAGGAUGCCAUUAUCCUUGAAGACGACUCGCCAUACCCUGAGGUCCGCUCAGCUGUGGCCAACACCGACGAUCCCGACAUGCCUGUGGGCACUUUCCGGGCGUGGUGCAUCGGGAUCGUGUGGUCAGUAAUCAUUCCAGGAAUGAACCAAUUCUUCUUCUUUCGUUAUCCCUCGGUCACUGUCACAGGUAUAGUCGCUCAAUUGUUGUCGUUCCCUCUCUGUGUCCUCUGGGCUCGAAUUGUACCGAGGGUCAAGAUUUUUGGUGUAUCCAUCAAUCCUGGUCCUUUCUGCGUCAAAGAGCAUGUCUUGAUAACAAUCAUGGCGACUGUCGGUUAUAGCUCUGCUUACGCUACGGAUAUCAUUGCUGUACAGCGUGUAUAUUACAACCAGAUCUACAACUUCGGGUACCAGUGGAUGGUAGUCAUGUCCACCCAGCUUAUCGGUUUUUCUAUUGGCGGUAUCUGCCGCCGUUUCUUGGUCGCCCCACCAUCCAUGAUCUGGCCAACUAAUUUAGUCACUUGCGCUCUUUUCAAUACUCUCCACUCGCAGCAAUACGCCGGUAUUGGUACACGCGGUGGUCUCUCCCGCGAGCGCUUCUUCACAUACGCAUUCAUCGGCGCUGUCUGCUGGUACUUCUUACCCGGCUACAUAUUCCAGGCACUCAGCUACUUCAGCUGGGUCUGCUGGAUCGUCCCAGAUAACAUUGUCGUCAAUCAACUCUUCGGCUAUGAAUCUGGUCUUGGCAUGUCGCUCAUUACCUUCGAUUGGAGCCAGAUCGCUUACAUCGGCUCUCCACUGGCUACGCCAUGGUGGGCUGAGGCGAACGUUGCGGUCGGCUUCGUAUUCUUUUUCUGGAUUCUCACACCGAUCUUCUACUAUACGAACACCUGGUACGCCAAGUACUUGCCGAUUUCGUCGCGCACGUCAUUCGACAAUACUGGCGCAUCCUACAACGUCACCAGGAUUAUCAACCCAGAUUCAACGCUGAACGAGGAGAUGUACAAGGCGUAUUCCCCGCUUUUCCUCUCCGCGACGUUCGCAAUGUCGUACGGUCUUUCCUUCGCAUCGAUCACGUCGACCAUAGUGCAUACAUUGCUGUAUUUCCGUAAGCAGAUCUGGGUUCAGUCUCGCCGUUCGCUCUCAGAGCAGCCGGAUAUUCACGCUCGUCUGAUGUCCCGCUACACCCCCGUGCCGGAGUGGUGGUACAGCGUCAUCUUGGUUACCAUGUUCAUCUUCGGCGUUGUUUCCAUUGAAGUCUGGAAGACGCAGUUCCCGGUCUGGGCUCUCGUUUUGGCCUUGAUCAUCUCUUUUGUAUAUACCAUUCCAAUAGGUAUGAUUCAGGCUAUCACCAAUCAGCAGAUCGGUCUCAAUGUCAUCACCGAGCUCAUCAUCGGUUAUGCUCUCCCGGGCAGGCCGAUCGCUAUGAUGAUGUUCAAGACUUGGGGGUAUAUCACGAUGUACCAGGCUCUCCAGUUCACUUCUGACAUGAAGCUCGGCCAUUAUAUGAAGAUUCCUCCCCGUGAGAUGUUCUGGGCGCAGAUCAUUGCCAGUGUCAUCGCUGGAACCGUGCAGCUCGGUGUGCAGGCGUGGAUGUUCACCAACAUCACUGACAUGUGCUCGCCAAAUCAGAAGGACGGCUUCAUUUGUCCCUCAACCGAAGUGUUUGGCACGGCGUCCAUUAUCUGGGGUGUCAUCGGCCCUGCACGCCAGUUUUCCAAGGGUCAGAUCUACUACGGCCUUUUGUUUUUCUUCCUGGUGGGCGCGGUGUGCCCACUGAUUUCAUAUGUCUUGUCGCGCAAAUGGCCGAACUCUUUCUUCAAGUACGUGAACUUCCCGGUCAUAUUUAACGGCACAGCCUACAUUCCGCCGGCAUCCGCGCUCAACUACGCUCCCUGGGCGAUUGUUGGUUUCAUCUUCAACUACGUCAUCCGCCGGCGCCACUUCUCGUGGUGGACGAAGUACAAUUAUAUUUUGUCCGCUGCAAUGGACUCUGGCCUUGCUGUGUCGGUCAUUAUCAUCUUCUUCUGCCUGCAGUACCCCGCGGACGGUACGAUCGGCCUGAAUACUAUCCAGAAGUGGUGGGGUAACACCGUGUUCCUCAAUACCGCAGACGGGAAGGCGCUGCCGUACCUCACCGUCUCCGGGAACGCGACCUUCGGGCCAAAAACUUGGUAG